AUGAACCUGUACAGCGGUGCCGUUCCAGCGGCGCUGACCCACGACUCCCAGCUUCCCACCCUCCGCGAAUUCGACGUGUUGCUCAAUGACUACGUCAUGUCGCUCUCGGAGAAGAAACGCGACAAGGCUCUGAUCGGACAGGUCCGCUACAACAACAUCAGCGCCGUUCUGCGGGACCCCAAGUGCACGACUAUCGAGUCGGCGCAGUUCCGGUUCUGGGCCAAGAAGAUGUUCGUCUUGGACUUUCAGGAGGACGAGAAUGGUCGCACCAGCCAGGUUGUCAUGCACGAGAACAAGCCGGUUGCCAUCCGUGAGCAAUUGUUUGGGAUCCUAACUACGGCGCACAUCCAAUGCCAACACGGGGGACGGGACAAGACGUCCUCUCAGGUCCGUCAGUUCUACUCGUGGGUUCCCAAGGAAUUGAUUGCGCGCUUCGUCAGGGGAUGCCCCAGCUGCAUGGCUCGCAGAAGCCCCCAGAGCAUCAGGCGGACGUCUCCUCCCAGACGCUCUCCAUUGAGGCGCACCCCUCCGCGAGUCGUUCCACACGCCGACACUCCCCUCGACUACCACAAUUCGCCGCCGCCGCAACAGCAGCAACAGCAGCAGCAGAUUCAACCUUCGGCGCAAACCGUGGUGGUCGUCGGUGGAUCGCCGCCAUUGCACCACCAGGUUCCGGCGCACGUUCCGCAGCAGCAUGCCCCUCAGCAGGAGUACCACCAUUUCCAGAACAUGCCCAGCCAGAAUCAACACUCGAGCCAGCCGUUCGCCGCCCAAUGGGCGUAG